AUGGCGCCAUUGAAGUCUCUGCAAGUGGAUUUCCCGAUCAUCGACUCCAAUUUUCAGCAAUUUUGUGCUUGCCAUGGCAUUUUCUCAGUGGAAGAUUUCCUAGUGCACGAUCUUUACUUGUUAGCAGCAUUCGCUGAAGAGCAUUGCACUUCAGAUAGAUUGAAGCAGGGUAUCACCCAGAUUCUAUCAAUCAUUGAUAGCCUGCAUCAACCAUGGCUAAACGGUUUGGAGUUGUGGGAAUUUUCUCAGAAGAGUAACCACUUGGUGGCUACAGGCUGUGAGAGGAUUGAUGCAUUUCUCCAAGGCGGACUUCGUUUAGGUUUGCUGACAGAAUUAGUUGGACCAUCCUCCUCCGGCAAAACACAAAUUUGCCUUCAAGCCGCAUCCAGCUGUGCCAGAACUCGUCUCGGCAGAGUAAUUUAUAUCGAUACUGGGAACUCUUUUUCGGCAAAACGCAUUGCUUACUUUGUGUGCAGAAGUCAUCUUGCCAAUAGUGAGGUUGACAAAGUUGUAAUGCAGAUUUUGGAAAAUAUUUACUGUGUACCUGUAUAUGACAUCUUUACCCUGUUAGACAUGCUCCAUCAGCUGCUAAAAGAUCUAACUUCGCAGAAAUGCUGCUACUUAAGGAUGCUCAUAAUUGACUCAAUAUCCUCCCUUAUUACCCCAGUUCUUGGAGGAGCUGGCACGCAAGGUCAUGCCUUGAUGGCUUCAGUAGGAUUUUUAUUGAAGAAAUUAGCGCAUGAGCAUAAUUUGGCUGUUUUGAUGACAAAUCACAUGGUUGCUGGUGAGGGCGGUAUAACUAAGCCAGCACUGGGCGAGAGUUGGAAGAGCAUUCCACAUGUUAGGUUGAUGCUGUCUCGAAACCCCAGUAGCAUGUCAAUACUAAGACACCCCUCUCGGGCUGUUGCCGAUAGAGUAGAGUUCACAGUUUUUUAA